ACGGCGGGAGGGCGCGUGAGUUCCCAGCGCACUGCGGGCUCCAGCUACCACCUGCCCGCGCCGCAGGCACUAGCCCUCGGGCCCUCGCAGCUCCUGCCUUCGCUCGCUGCAGCCCCCUUCUCCAGCCCCGGCCAGCGGCGCUGGCGAGAUGGUUUGCGGCGGCUUCACCUGCUCCAAGAACUGCCUGUGCGCCCUCAACCUGCUCUACACGCUGGUCAGCCUGCUUCUGAUUGGAAUUGCAGCAUGGGGUAUAGGCUUUGGCCUUAUUUCUAGUUUCCGAGUAGUUGGCGUGGCAGUUGCAGUGGGCAUCUUUCUGUUCCUAAUCGCUCUGGUUGGAUUGGUCGGUGCAGUCAAACACCAUCAAGUGUUACUCUUCUUUUACAUGAUUAUUCUCUUGCUAGUGUUCAUUGUCCAAUUUUCAGUCUCCUGUGCUUGUUUGGCAUUGAACAAAGAUCAGCAGAGCCAACUUCUAGAGGUUGGAUGGAACAACACAAAGAGUGCUAGAAAAGAUAUUGAGAGGAAUCUAAACUGUUGUGGUUUCAGAGACUUCAAUUCAAGUGAAACCUGCUCUGCUGCUUGUGUUAAAGAUAACUCGUGUUCCCCAUGUGCAUCUAUAAUAGAAGAAUAUUCAGGAAUGGUACUGAGAUUUGUAGGUGGCAUAGGACUCUUCUUCAGUUUCACUGAGAUUUUGGGAGUUUGGCUGACUUAUAGAUACAGGAACCAAAAAGAUUCUCGUGCAAACCCUAGUGCAUUUCUUUGAUUGGAAAAUUUCUCAAGGACUGAAUCUUUUUUUUUUUUUUCUUUUUCUUUUUCUUUCCAGUUAAAAUAUGAAUUCUCUAACAAUUGGCUCUUCUGCACGUUAAGGAUCUGAAAGAAAAUGAUUUUCCUACAUGGAGAUGUUUGUACUUGUUAUCUUUAGUUUCCCAUCUUCACCUCUGCGUUCUCUAUCUCGAAAUAGAUAUAUCUAUUCUGUAGCUGAACAGAAUCUGAACGGUUCUGAGAUGGUUAAAUAACUGUCAGAUCACAACAAUUCCUGACGUCUACUGUUUCAAGUUAGUUUUAUUGCCUUUCUUAGUGUUUGUUAGUUAAACCCCAACCAAACCACAAAAAAAUACAACCAACAUAUAUUCUGACGUUACCACUUUCUUGUGUGGUUUUUAUUGUUCUUUUACAAAAAACCACAUACAGAUGCAUCAUUUUAAUUAAAAAAGCAUGUUGGAUGCUGGUAGGGUGAAAUACAGUAAAUUUGUCUUUUCUAUUGAAUCACUGUUUCCCAUUCUGCUAUGUGGGUUAAAAAAUAAUAUAGAGAACAUCUGAAAUAUUUAAACUUAUCAACCCUUUAUUUUGUUUCUUUUCUUUAGAUAAAUUCAAGAUGCCAUUUUAGAUCAUGGAUAUAAACAUAUGUUAAAUGACUUCUAUAGGCUUUAGUUCUGACAUCUUUAGAAUUGCAUUUAAAGAGAAUAAAAACUUUUUUUAUAUUUGUAUCUAAGCAAUUGAGAAUAAUAAUGAAUGAGGAAAACCAUGAAAAUUAACCUAUUGAUACUAAUUUUAAAAGUACUUUAAAAAAUAAAAACUCUCUUGAUAGAUGAAUGAACCUGGUACUAAGACAAUAUUAGAACUGUUAUUGAUCCAUUUUGUUAGUGUAACAAAUUUUGAUUUGAUGUCCAAAGAUUUCUUAAAACUAUUUUUACAGUUAGUUUAAAUUCAUUGUUGUAAUAACUUAUAAAAGUGUGAUACUGACAUUCAUUGUCAAACCUGACCCACCUUCAUCCUUCAGUAUCUAUUUAAAAUACUUGAUUUGAAAUGUAAUUGUAAAAAUAUCAUUGUCAUUUUUGGUAGUUUAAAAAUAAUAAAAAAAAGUGCUUGUACAGGAAUGCUCUCUAAAACUUCAGAAGAAAUCACUGGCCUUGACCAAGUUGUUCAUAUGCUAAAAUAGAUACACUGUCUGACACCGUGCACUAGCUGAGCAGAAGACUUAAUCUUUGAGUUGUAUGAUGUGUUUUUUUAGCAUGCAGUCUUUUGUCUGAAUUAUGAUUAAAUGUCAUGUCUUCAGUGAAGGAUUUCAAUAUAGCUGCCCCUCUUGGCUGAAAUUCCUCCUCUUCUCCUUGUAUGACACUCCAUAUGAAAAACUGGGACGAUGCACAGAAUCAAUAUUUAGGAGAGCAGCUACAGAAGAGCGCAGGCAGCACAGGUUGGAGAGUAUGAGGAAACAAGCAUAAUGUAUGUUGGGGUGGGAUUUUGAAGGGCCUUCACUGAAUAGGAGAUAACUGAACUUAGGGUAGUGAGCAGGUGCUCAGGUACAGAGGUGAUAAGACCCAUAUAGGCAUCCGUAUGCUCAGUUUUUUCUAAACAGAUUGCAUGAGGAUAUCUAGGUAGAGAUUUGAGAUGGGACAGAAGGGAGAAGCAUUAAGAACUUCAUGUACAGAGCUGCAGAGAAGAAGUUAUUUGCAGUACACAAGUUUUUUACUCAUUCUACAAAACCCAGCACUGUGCUACAUAUACUUGAGUGCAGUCUGACAUUUUAUCUGUUAGCUCAGGUGCGGGGGUAUGUGUUCAUACUUGAAGGCAAACCUCUCUUUUUACAGAGCACUCCAGUAAGAAGGUGGAAACAAGUGGCUUUGGGAGUCCUCUAUUAUGCAAAAGCAGCAUUAUAAGUUAAUAAGAUACUGUCAAGAAGUGCUUAUAAUCUAAGGGUCAGUUUACACUAGGAAAAUGGUUGGCAGCAAAGCCCUCUUUCAGUUGGUCCUAAACUGUUUUUUGGCUUAGCUACAGCAGUAGCACAACCAUUUUUAAUACCACUUCAGAGGGGAGUCAGCUGAUGGCUGUUUUUCAACAACAGGUUAAUUUCCUUAUGUAGCUGGAAUCCAUAUUUUAGGGAAAACAUAGCUAGUAAUAAAUGAGGGGAAUGCUGGGAAUGUGAAGGUUACAAUAAAAGUAUGUAGUUGCUCCCAUUUGUGAUUGGUUUUUUUACAGUUCUUUCUUCAUGGUAGUGCUUUAAGUAAUGUUGCUUGCUCUUAGGUGUAUUCUUCCAUAAAACCAUGUAAUGUUGGUUUCCUGAGAGACUAGCAAUUUGCCAAAUCAUGAGACUUUAUCACAAGACUUGCAAUAUUUGGUGGUGGUUUAUUUUUUGUGUGGGUUUUUAUUGAAGCUCCUAUAAUUACAAGAGAAUCCCUUCAUCAUUAUAUAAAAAAGUUUCUAUCUCGGGGGGGGGGGGGGUGGAGGAAAAUCUGAAAACUAGGGCUAUCAAAAAUAAAUUAAUGAUUAAUUGUACUGUUAAACAAUAGAAUACCACUUAAAUAUUUUGGAUGUUUUCU